GAAUGUGACGAAACCGCGCAGGUGGGCGGUGCAUGGCGGCUCGCAGCGGCCAAUCGCAGGCCUGGCUGUUCGGUGUCGAACAGCUGAUCGAUGAGUCAGGGGGCGAGAGCAGCCGAAAAGGUCUCACUUGUUGCUGAGCAGCAGCGGCAGGAGCUUCAGCUGACGGAGGGACGGAGGGAGACACAUCGAUCCAUCUUCGCUACACUUCCUCCAGCCUGUCCGCAGACCCCGGCAGGCUCCUCCGCAGGCUCCACGGCCGCUUCAGAGCUGACAUACCCCUCCGCUGCCUCGUCCGCGGCGCUCAGGAAGUCUGGUUUGAUGUCUGCGUCCGUCCUGAAUGCAUCGCUGUGUGGACGCGUCAGUCUGGUCUGUGGACUCCUCCUCCUGGCCUUCUCACCGCUCCUCACGGCAGGCCGACUGAGUAACUGCAGUCACCCUCUGGUGCCAGAACAUGGCGGUUUCCGAUGUGACCCGUCACCAUGUCGAGGUUUCCCCCACAAGAGCGCCAUCCACUUCUUCUGUGAGCCGGGAUAUCACCUCAGCAGCAAGCUCCGGGUCUCCCGGUGCCGCCAAGGGCGCUGGCAGCCUCCGAUCCCCGCCUGCAUCCCCAUCAGAGAAGGUCCCAACAUGAACUCUGACGGCCGAGUGAACGACUCGAUGCCCAGCAUGGCCACGACGGCGGUGGGCGUGUCCAUCUUCCUGCUCACCACCACCGCCUGCCUGGUGGUUAAGUCCCGCCUCUACCCCUGUCGGUCACACAGCAGCCGUCGGUCUUCAGACCAGCUGGACCUGAUGGUGGACGGACUUCCUGUCUCCCUGCCCUCCUACGAGGAGGCGGUGUACGGCAGCUGGGGGCAGCGCCUGCCCCCCUGCUCGGCCCCGGGGCCCACCCAGCUCCUAUUGGCUCAGGAGGCUCCCGGCAGUCACACGGCGUCUCUCAACCACCAACCGGACGGCAGUCGCCGCCCCCUCCUGUCCAGCCCCGACAACCCCCCGCCCCCGUACGAGGAGGUCCAGUCAUCCCACGCCAGGGACAGGACGAGGGACGCGGACAAGGACACUUGACUGCCGGACUGCGGCGUUCAUACGGGACUACAGGAAGGGGUUUGAUUGACAGCUGCAGUCUUCACUCUGCAGAUGAUGAAAUGAAAACUCAGACUGACUGCAGACUUCUGCACUUUUCCUGGUUGGCCGCAGCUCACCAGCAUCAGGACAGUCGGGCCAAUCACACGCUUGUUUAGACGAAGCCGAUGAGCUCUGAUUGGCCAGAUGUUAGAUCCCAAACACCUGACUGAAGAGGCUAUUUCUACAUGAAACAGUGAUUGUAAAGUGCGUUGAAUGAAUGUAAGUGACAGAGAAGGGAGUUUACGUGCUGUCUGGUGAAAACCUUUAGAACCUGAAGGCCUUUUUUUGAUAAAUAUAUAUAUUUAAUUGGUUGAACAAUAAGCUGUAUAAAGUUAAAAAAAAAAAAAACAUCACACCAACUGGAAUAAUUAGGUUUUCACAGGACAACUGUCGCAUAAAAGUGUAAGUGGCUGUGUGUGUGUGUGUGUGUGUGUUGCGUGUGUGUU